AUGCAACAAUCACAUCAACUCACAAAUAAAUCAGAAAAUUCUAAGCUAUUAUAUAUAGGAAAAUCAAUAAAUACAAGAGCCUGUGCACAAAAAUUUGCUGAAGGUCAAGAUUUUGAUUUGUACGCGCAUGAAUCACAUAAAAUUAUUGAAGAGCUCAUUACACGUUCUCUGAAUCAUGUUGAUGAUAGAAAUAGUGGACAGACAGUAACAAAGUUUAUUGAAUUAGAAGAUGAUUGGAAAAUCGAGAAUACGGAGUGGCCUACGAUUGCUGACUUUAACGAAAAACUUGGUGCAAACAAAAUUGUUGAAUACAUAGAAAAGUGGAACUAUGAUAAAUGUUGGUUGUAUGCCAUCGAUUUCAUGGAAAAAAAAUCUCUGGAGUAUACGGAUGUAUACGAAUAUCGCGUAAGAUUCAGUAUUCCGACUAGACGUCAGCCAAUACCAAAACAUACCGCAAGUGUUUAUUUUUCAAUUGAAGUAUCAAAAGUACAACCAAAACAAAAUCAUGUCAAAGUUUAUUUUGUAUUCGAAACAAUGCGUCUUAUUCAUCGACCUGAUCAAUUUCGAUUUCGUCAGAAUUGGCUUAUCGACAUAAUUACACUAAAAGAACGAAUGUUGGAGGGUAUUGAUUAUUAA